AUGAAAACAUUGCCGAGGUCUGGUAAUGAAGGUAUAGGUGCAAAUCGUUGGUAUCAUACAGGCGGUCUUAUUAUUGUACCAUAUGAUUUUAAAUGGAUGUUAUUUUAUGAGAGAGAUACUUAUAUGUAUGAUGGUGAUAAAAACAGAAAAGGUUUUCUGAAUAAAUUGAACAUAUUUAAUCAAAUAUUUAAAUUUUGGCAAGAGUCAAAACAAUUAUUAUUGUCAACAAUUGAUUUAUCAAUGAUAAAACAAGAAUUUAUUGAAUUUAUAGAAUUUAUAAGAUAUUAUGAAAAUGAACAUCAUAUAUUAGAGUUAUUUUUCAAAUCCAAAAGUAUAUUUCAUCAAAGUAUGUUUCUUGAUAAAAUAUUACCAUCUGCAACUGUUCAUGUAUCACAUACGUUUCGCUUAAAUAAAUCAAGCUUUUAUAUAUGUGAAAAAUUUAUUGAGCAUUUGAAAUACAAGUCGUAUAAUAGAAUAGAUGAUGCAAUUGAAUUUAUUUCGGAGAUGAUUAUUGAUGAUACAUUCAACAACUGUGGUGUUAUUAUAGCAACAAUGAUAAAUACACUAUUAUUAUUCGUAUUUAACAUCAGCAACAAUAAAUCGUUACGAACAAUAGGACAAUUAAUGAAUUUAUUGUAUCUUCUUUCACUUAAAUUUUCAGAUUAUAUUUUAUCACUUAAAUUAAUAUCUAAUUAUAUUCUAAAUAUUUCAUCUAAUUGUGAACAAGUUGUUAAUGAUAUUAUACCAUAUUUAAUUAAAAUAAUAAAAUAUAAUAAACGUAGUCAUAGAGAAUGGUUAGUGUCAUUGUAUAAUUAUGUUAUUGAUAUUAUAGUUAAAUAUAUUUCGUCUAUUUCGAAUAUAAUUAAAGUUGAUAAAACAUGGAGAUUUAUAUACGAUAAAAAAGAAACUGAUUGUAAUUGUAAAGACUGUUCUAAAUUAAUUCAAUCUAUCCAUAAUUCAAAUAAAAACCAACAUUUUAUUGAUACAAAUAUUGAUAGACCUCCAUGA